AAGCUGUAGAGCCUGAGCUUUACGUGCAAACGAAAAUGCUUGCUUUACAUCCAACUUAUUGAAGUUUCCUAUCUAAUAAUUUCUAGGCCUCGUCCUUCUGUGGUGAACUUCGGAUUUGAUUCUAAAGAUGCCUAAAGUUUCGUACGACGUCAUCGCGGCCUCGAAGCCGUUCAGGUUUCUCGUCGGGCCGGAUAAGAAAGAGUGUUUCAUGCACGCUAACCUAGUCGCGCGAAUGUCUAAGCCCCUAUGGACACUAGUGAAUGGCAAGUGGAAAGAGAGCGAGGGAUGUUUGGUAGAUUGGUCCGACGUGGACGAGGAGACCUUCGUUCGGUUCUGCGAAUUUUCUUACACGGGCUAUUACCAGGCCGCCGAGCCUUUUUCUAUAGAGCCCCCUACGCCGACUCCGCCGGAGGGGAAGGAAAGUGAUAAACGACGUAUGGAGACACCGAGUAAAAGUAUACCAUUGAUGAUAGAAGAGCCAGCGCCAGAGCUAAUGGUAAGGGAUUCAUGGGGAACCCUUAUGAGGCCACCAAAAAAAAUCACAACAACCUCCAAGAAAGAUGUUAUGUUGGAUGAUUUCAAGAGAUAUGUUGAUGAGGCAGUGCCAGACAGUGCACCCUCGGAAGCAUCAAACACAAACCCCUUGAUGAACUACUCUGAAGUUUUCUUGUCUCACGCUCGUUUAUACGCUUUUGCCGACUGCUACGCUAUUGACGACUUGACGAAACUAUGUAUUCGCAGAUUGCACCGUGCAUUACUGAAUUUCAAUCUCCACGGGGGAACGAGGGCGGCCGAUGUUGCAAAGCUGAUCGACUUUUCGUACAAGAACACGCGGAGUGAUACGGUCAAGCAAGACAAGCUGAGGGGCUUACUUUCCGCAUACAUUGCUUGUCAUGUUGAAGAGAUCUGGCCUAACCUCUACUUUCGAGAUGUUAUCGAGUUGGGGGAAGUAGCAAACGAUAUCAUCGGCAAAUUACUGAGAAGGUUGGACUAGUCAUACCUGCUCCAGGAGCAGACAUUGAUAGAUAGGUUAGGAAGACGCAGUGGGUCAAAAGUUUGCGUGAUACUUUACGCGGUCUCGACGACGACUACGUUAUUGAGGUCCUAGAUGGCAAGCUCUACUAACAAUUGUAUCAACUUACAUCUUCUCAUCCUCAACAAUUCUUCGCAUUAUAUUAGCAUC